GGGGAGGGGAUGGCGCCACCCCCUGGGUAUGAAAGCCCCCCUGUCCUGGCCCUGGCUCAGUCUCAAUGGGGGUACCGGGGCUGGAGGGCCGGGGUAGGAGGCCCCAGGGGAAGGGAUGCCUCCUGCUGGCCGUGGCAGGGGCCACUUCCCUGGUGACCCUCCUGCUGGCCGUGCCUAUCACGGUCCUGGCUGUGCUGGCCUUGGUGCCCCAGGAGCAGGGAGAACUGGUAACAGGGACCGCUGACCCAGGCACCCAGGCGGAGGCCCAGCAGCGAUUGGAGUCCAAGGAGACGCCAGAGGAGGAGGCAGAAACAGAUCUCAGCCCCAGGCUCCCAGCUGCCCACCUCAUUGGCCUGUUUCUCCGCAGGCGCUUGGAUCACGGGGCAGGGGCUAGGCUGGGAGGCGAAGAAAGAAGAGGCGUUUCUGAGGAGCGGGACGCAGUUCUCUGGCGCGGAGGGCCUGGCCCUCCCGCAGGACGGCCUCUACUACCUCUACUGUCACGUCGGCUACCGGGGCCGGGCACCUCCUCCCGGCGGGGACCCCCUGGACCGCUCGGUCACGCUGCUCAGCCGGCUCUACCGGGCGGGGGGCGCCUACGGACCGGGGACUCCCGAGCUGCUGCUGGAGGGCGCGGAGACUGUGACCCCGGUCUUGGACCCCAGCCGGAGGCACGAGUACGGGCCCCUCUGGUACACGAGCGUGGGGUUCGGUGGCCUGGUGCAGCUCCGGAGGGGCGAGAGGGUGUACGUUAAUAUCAGUCACCCCGAUAUGGUGGAUUACAGGAGAGGAAAGACCUUCUUCGGGGCGGUGAUGGUGGGCUGAGGACUGUCGGCGCCCGAGAGGACCACUGCAUGGUGGGAGUGUGUCAAUGGAUCAGCCCAGACACGGGGUCCCAGACACCAGGCCAGACACCAUGGCUGUGGGGAAAAUGCAGGAGAUCGUGUGGAAACUGAUUUUGAGCCUGAUGAAAAUAAAGAAUGUAAAAGCUUUAAUGCUGCCCAUACA